AUGGCUGAACAAAACCCAGCCGAGUCAUUGAGGAUGAGAUUCAAUAUGUCGAGGCCUUUUUCUCGGGAGGGAAAAAAUCUCGCCGGCAAUGGGAAUUGGACAGCUAAUGAAGUAAGGACAAAGGGAAAUACUGUAAAUAAGAAGGUCGGUGAUUUCAUGAGGGAAGUAGAAGGGGCGGGCGAUGGGUGCGAGGUGUUUGGGCCGCCUGGCAAAGGAGUUACGUUGGAUAUGACUCCUCCUCCAUUCCUCCUCAUUCUGAUAACAUUCCUGCUCUUGCGAAACUCCUCGUCUCGUGUCGCAGCUCAAUGCGGGCUCAAUCUGAGUGCCUACCCUUAUGUGGGAUACGCGGAGUGCGGUUGGGUUCAGGAUCAGAUGGAUCACUGGGACGGCUUCCCAAACACCCUCUGCUGCCGCAACGCCCUCACCGUCUUCUCCCAAGCACUGGCCCUCCGAGCCCGCACCCAGACCUCCCUCUUCAUCCCCGACACUGAAUGGCACUCCUGUUCCGACGCCUUUCGUCCUUCACAAGCCAUUUCUCCAGACUCCUGCGGCUUCCACAACUUGUACCUUGGCGCCUUCAAAUGCUCCAACCUCAAACUCUCCGACAUUCAGAGCCUCCCGUUCUACCAACCCUCCCUCGACCAAUGCUCCCACUUUGACCGUCCCUCUCCCGAUUCUUGUGCCCACUGCGUCUCCGCCGUCUUGAAUAUCCGAGACUCUCUCUACGACCAAUUAGUCGGCUCGCAGGACAUUCCCGUCGAAAGAGCCGUUUGUGGCGUCGCCUCUCUUGUUUCCCUCGCUGCGGGCAAACCCGACGAUCCUUCCCUUUCAGACAAGUUCUUGCGUUGUUGGCCUCCUCCCCCGAACCACGUAAAAUCAAACUCGGUCGAGUUACAUGCUAUAUUCAUGUUAGUUAUUGCUCUGUUAGCGGUGAUUGCGAUGGCCUUGACGGCAAUACUGGUGAGAUGUGUGUGGCAGAAGAAGCCUCGAGAAGCGGCGGCGUUGAAAGAAAUAACGACGUGGUCAGGGAUGUACUGGUUCUCGAAAGCAGAGAUAGAGAAUGCCAUAAGCCACGGGAAUGAAAGGAAGUGCCUGGGAAGAGGGAGUGCAGGACAGGUGUUCAAAGGGGUUCUUCCCAGCGGUCAAGUGGUGGCCAUCAAGCACCUGAACAAAACUAACAGCUCUGAUUCUUUCACUCGCGAAGUGGAAGGCCUUUCCAGGCUUCGCCAUCCCAAUCUGGUUUGCCUCUUCGGGUGUUGCAUUGAAGAUGGAGAGAGAUAUUUAGUGUAUGAGUACUGUGCACAAGGCAAUCUAGCGCAACAUCUCUUGAGAAGAGACAGUCAUUUGACAUGGGAAACAAGAGUUAGGAUUUUAAGGGACUGCUCCUUCGCUCUCAAAUAUCUGCACAAUCAUAUUGAGGGUUGCGUUGUCCACAGAGAUAUCAAGCUGACAAACAUACUAUUGACUGAGAGUUUGCAAGCUAAACUGUCGGAUUUUGGGUUGGCAAAGAUGCUGGGGAUGGAAGAGAGCAAAGUGUUUACGGAUGUAAGAGGAACCAUAGGGUAUAUGGAUCCAGAGUACAUGAGCAAUGCCAAGUUAACAUGUGCCAGUGACGUCUAUAGUUUUGGAAUAGUUGCCUUGCAAAUUCUAUCGGGUCAGAAGGUGAUAGAAUUAGAUCUUGAUGCCAGAGAUCAACUCACUAGGAAGGCGAGAGACGCGAGCUCCCAAAAACGGCCAAUAUCGGAUUUUGAAGACCCAAGGCUGAGGGGGCAAGUAAACAUGGCAGACUUUGAGGCCAUCUUGCGUAUUGCAGUUCUGUGUGUUGCCAAAUCGAGCAAAGGUCGCCCAACCAUUGAGGAGGUGUUCGAGGAAUUGGAUAAGGCCUAUAAGAACACUCUUGCCCAAUCGAAAGCAAAGCAAGAUGAGAGCAAAUCCGGAACAUCCGACUUGAUUAUUACUUGA